UGAUCGCACUUGCAAAUCGGCGUUCGGCCAGGUUCGGCGUCGUCCGCAUGUGAUAUCGAGUUGAAAGUGAGUUCUGAACUCGUAUUCAUCGUGCUCGUCGGCAAAACUGUUCUUCUACAGAAGGUGCGAGCAGCGAGGGAAGUGAGCGGCGGCCAUGUCGCUGUGCUGCGCCCUGAGCAACGAGGCGCCCGAACAACCGGUGGUUUCACCGGUCUCGGGCGCCGUCUUCGAACGCCGCCUCGUGGUCAAGUACCUGAAGGAGCAUGGCACGGACCCGGUCAACAACCAGCCUCUCACGGAAGACAUGCUCAUUGAGCUCAAGGUGGCCCCACUGGCCAAGCCCCGUCCCCCGUCGGCCACCAGCAUUCCCGCCCUGCUCAAGGCACUUCAGGACGAGUGGGACGCAGUGAUGCUGCACAGCUUCUCGCUGCGGCAGCAGCUGCAGACGGCUCGGCAAGAGCUGUCCCACACGCUGUACCAGCACGACGCGGCCUGCCGCGUCAUCGCCCGUCUCACCAAGGAGGUGACGGCGGCCAGAGAGGCCCUGGCUACCCUCAAGCCCCAGGCAGCAGGGGGAGGGCCUCAGGCGGAGGCAGCGGCAGCACCCGCGGAGGCGGCCGAGGAGACUGCCGGCGGCAUGACGGCCGAAGUAGUGCGGCGCCUGCAGGAGAAGGCCACCCUUCUCACGGCACAGCGCAAGAAGAGAGGCAAGGCCAUCCCGGAGGAUCUUGCCAAGCCGGAGGAGCUGCGUGCCUUCCGUGCCCUGGGGUCGCACCCCGGCCUGCACAGUGCAGGCCUGCCGGGCAUCCUAGCCCUGGACGUGAGCCCCAGCGACCGGGUGCUCACUGGGGGCAGCGAUCGCAACGCGGCCGUCUUCAACAAAGACACAGAGCAGGUCGUGGCUGUGCUCAAGGGGCACACCAAGAAGGUCACCUCGGUGGUGUUCCACCCGGACGAAGACACGGCGAUCACGGCUUCCCCGGACGCGACGGUGCGUGUGUGGCACGUGCCGAGCGCCCAGACGACGCAGGUGAUCAGAGCCCACGAGGGCCCCGUGACGGGGCUGAGCCUGCACGCCACGGGGGACUACCUGCUGUCCACCUCGACGGACCAGCACUGGGCCUUCUCGGACCUACGCACGGGGAGGGUGCUGGCCCGGGUGGGGGACACCUGCGCCCUCACAGCGGCCGAAUUCCACCCGGACGGCCUCAUCUUAGGAACGGGGACCUCGGACGCCCUCGUCAAGAUCUGGGACCUCAAGGAGCGCACCAACGUUGCAAACUUCCCGGGGCACACGGGGCCGAUCUCGGCGCUGGCCUUCUCGGAGAACGGCUACUACCUGGCCACAGCGGCAGGGGACGCGGCGGUGAAGCUCUGGGACCUGCGCAAGCUGAAGAACUUCCGCACCCUGACGCUGGACGAGGGCUACGAGGUGCGGGACUUGUUUUUCGACCAGAGCGGCACCUACCUGGCUGUGGCCGGCACGGACGUGCGCCUCUACCUGUGCAAGCAGUGGGACACCCUCAAGGUGUUUGCCGACCACACAGCCCUGGCCACGGGCGUGCGUUUCACCCACCGGGCGCGCAAUGUGGCCUCGGUCAGCAUGGACCGCACCCUCAAGAUAUAUGGCCUCUAGUGAGACUCCUUUCGAGCGUCUUGUCUGUUCACUCGAUCCUUGUCUCGUUUUUGUUUUCUUUUUCGGUUUCAUGUUUGGGAGGAACAGAGGUAAUGAUGUCAGGUUGCGUUUCAUCGUCGAAGUUGCACAGGGGGUCUGACCAUGUUUCCACGUGACACUAUGCGUUUUACAACCAAAUAAAGAUUGCUCAUUGAGA